CCAUCACUAUUAGCCCCGACUGCGACACUAGCUAGCUUAGUUAGCCAGCUAGCUAACUUCUCCAUCCAGCUCUUCAGUGUCUGGCAGCCGGACCAGGACCAAGGGCAGCUGCCUCCUGAGGACAGUGGGGGCUCUCCCAUGAUCCCCCCCUUCAUCCGAUGAACCCCCUCAACUCCAUGAAACCCUCCCUGCCUCCCACUCCACAAAGCAGUGACGGCCCCUUCCUAAAUGACCCAGUCUCCUGGCAACCAGGCACCAAUCAGCACCCAGGAUCUCUCUCUGUAGUAACCACAGUGUGGGGCGUGACCAAUCCCACACACAGCCAGGUGUUCGGUGCACCCAUGGGUCCGGGUGAGAGCUCUGGUGGUCACAUGAUGCCCGGGGGCAGCCCUGGAAUGGGUCCCGGUAUGGGCUCUCAGUUUAUGGGGCAGCAGGCGUACGGAGACGCCGUCUCUAAAGGAUACGGACAGCCGGUGAUGUACGGACGUCACAACGCGGCUUAUAACCCCGCCUCAGCAUACGGGGGAAGUUACUCUGGAAACAGUGGAGGUGCCGGUCUUGGCGUCCGUCCUCCCUCGGACUUCACCCAGGCCGCCGCCGCUGCUGUUGCCGCCGCCGCUGCCACAGCAACUGCUGCUGCUACGGCAACUGUUGCAGCAAUUCAGGAGAAGCAGAACCAGGAGCUGAGCUAUGGACAGAUGGGUGGUGCAUCCUCUUACAGCACCCAGUUCCUGUCUCACUCGGGGCCCCGUGGCCCUCCAGGGAUGGUGUCCUCCAGGACCGGGCCUCCACCUUCCGCUGGGGGGUUGUAUUCCUCUCAUCCGGCGCAGAGUCAGAAGAUGCCGCAGCAUGGAGGGUAUCCAGGAGGGCAGCAGGGACUCAAACGACCGUUUCAUUCAGAGGGUUACCCGGUGCAGCAGUACGGCUCCGGUGGGAUGUCCGGGUACCCGAACCAGCCCCUUCAGUACCCUCCAGGUCCACAGCAGCGGUGCGCCCCCUCCCCCUCGUACCCCUCCAGCAGGAUGCAGUUAAUGGGACAGUACAGCUCUGGAGCUCACAGCCAGGCGCAGCUCCCACCUGGAGCCGGACAGCCCAACCCUCCACAGUACUACAAGACGGAGCCGUUUAACGGUCAGGGCGGUCUGCCGUCUGCAGGAGGAUACAAUGCCUUCACUCAGGCUGCAGUCAGCGGGCCAGGUCGGGGGGGAGUCAUGCCCGGGUAUCCGAGUUCACCCAUGGGAGGGAACCCCACGCCUCCGAUGACACCCGGGACCUCCAUACCUCCGUACCUGUCGCCGGGUCAGGACACGAAACCCCCCUACCUCCCACCGGACACGAAACCUAACAUCAUGUCCCCGCAGCCCCCUACAGGUAACCCGAGUGACGACCUGCGUCUGACGUUCCCGGUCCGGGACGGCGUGGUGUUGGAGCCGUUCAGACUGGAGCACAACCUCGCCGUCAGUAACCACGCCUACCAGCUGAGAGACUCGGUCUACAAAACCCUCAUGCAGAGGCCGGAUCUGGAACUACAGCUGAAGUGUUACCACCAUGAAGACCGGCAGAUGAACACUAACUGGCCUGCAUCAGUGCAGGUGAGUGUGAACGCGACUCCUCUGUGCAUCGAGAGAGGAGACAACAAAACCUCCCACAAGCCCCUCUACCUGAAGCAGGUGUGUCAGCCGGGACGCAACACGGUGCAGAUCACCGUCACCGCCUGCUGCUGCUCGCACCUCUUCGUGUUGCAGCUCGUCCACCGGCCCUCCGUCAGGUCGGUGCUGCAGGGUCUGAUGAAGAAGAGACUCCUGCCGGCCGAGCACUGCAUCACCAAGAUUAAGAGGAACUUCAGCAGCGGAACGAUCCCUGGGACCCCCGGGCUGAACGGAGAGGACGGCGUUGAGCAGACGGCCAUUAAAGUUUCUCUAAAGUGUCCGAUCACGUUCAGACGAAUCCAGCUGCCGGCCCGAGGGCACGACUGCAGACACAUACAGUGUUUCGACUUGGAGUCGUAUCUGCAGCUGAACUGUGAAAGAGGGACCUGGAGGUGUCCUGUGUGCAAUAAAACCGCUCUGCUAGAGGGUCUGGAGGUGGACCAGUACAUGCUGGGGAUCCUGGUCUACAUCCAGAACUCGGACUACGAGGAGAUCACCAUAGACCCGGUCUGCGGCUGGAGGCCGGUCCCGGUCAAACCGGACCUGCACAUAAAGGAGGAGCCAGACGGUCCGGUGCUGAAGCGCUGCAGGACGGUCAGCCCGAGUCACAUGGUUCUACCCAACGUGAUGGAGAUGAUUGCAGCGCUGGGUCCGGCGUCCUCUCCCUACCAGAGUCUGUCCUCAGGAGGGAGGAACACACCGGACUACAACAGACCAGGGAGUCAGGGAUUCUCCAGCCAAACCGGAUUCUCAGACUUCCCCAACACGCCCGGCACCCCGACUCUGGGAGAGUACGCCUCCUCUGGACCUCCUCCGCUCUCCUAUCAGUCUGAGCAGACGUCUCACUCCGGGAGAAUCGAACACUCCCACAGCAUCCUCCAGCAGCACACUUCAGGGGUCCACGGGAACCAGAGCCUCACCGACGCUGGCAGUCCGCUGCAGCAGCGAAACUCAAACUCCCAGAAUCCCCGGCUGCAGAAUGAAGGCUCCUUUGGCCUGGGAGGCACGGGAGCUCCUGGAGGAGAGGGAGCUGAUCAUGCACUAGAUCUCCUUCCUGAGCUGACUAACCCGGACGAGCUGCUGUCGUACCUCGGCCCCCCCGACCUCCCCAACAACAGCAGCGACGACCUGCUGUCUCUGUUCGAGAACAACUGACCGCCUUCAUUCGCCGCUCCGCUCAUCUUCCAGUCUGAUCUCUGCUCCCAUCUGCUGUAGCCCCGCCCCCAUCAGUCAAAGGCAGCACUAUCCGUGUGUGUGUGUGUGUGUGUGUGUGUGUGAGUGUGAGUGGACGAAUGUGUGGGAGAGCGUGCAUUAUUUUCGCGUGUGUGUGUGUGUGUGUGUGUGUGUGUGUGUGUGUCUUCGUCCCCCUGCUGUACUUGGACAUUGUUUCAGUGCAGAUUAGAGGAGCAGGAGGGAACAUGAACACUGACUCUGCAGACCAGCAUCUUUGACUAUAGCACAAACCACAGGCUGAAGGAUCCGAACACAGGACUUAAUUUAUACCACAGGUUAGAGUGGAGGUAACAGAGGCUGCUUUGAGUGAACGAGGAGAUGACAGGUUAACGCAGUGGUUCCCAAACGUUCUCUUGUUUCUUUAGAAUGAAGGAUUAAAGCAGGGACGAGAUCCUUCAGGAUUCAUCGACCUGAGAAGUUGACUUUAAAUACUCACGAGGAUGUUAGCUGGUAUUCAGCUCGAACUCGACCUGCUGGUCUCAGGACAGCGGGGAGCCGUCUCGGCUGUUUGUGUUUAAUGACGACAUGAAGCUGGGAGCAAAGUCCGGCCUUCAGGAGGUUUUCUGAUCCCUUAUUUUAGCAGAGCCAUCAAAGUCCAACAGGUCUUAAAUUUGAACACAGAGAAUCUGCCAUCCUUUCCUCAUGAUGAAUGAUUACCUUAAAGUCCUUCAUGGGAAAAAUCUCUUCCUGAUUCAUAUUUAUAAAGCGUUCCAGGUUCACAGCCUCCAGUUUUGAGCCAUGAGGACCUUUGUGUCUCAAAUAUUAAACUUUCUGUGGCCUGAAAUACUUUUUACUAAACCUUGGAUCAGAGGGAACAGACGCACUCUCAGUCAAAAAGCACAAACGGCAUUCUGGGUAAAUUACUGUGUAUGCAAACACUGUUCCUACCAUACUGAAAUAUGAAUCAGCACUGUGUUAAUGUUCCAGGUCACCUCCUGGAUCUUGUCACAGGCUCAGAAUAACUUCAAGUCCUCACUGAACAUCCCAGCCGUACGUAACGCACCAAUCAGAUCCGAGCUGUCUCAUCGGUCUGAAGUGCAGCAGCGGUCUUUGUCCUCGUUGUGUCCGGAGUUGAACCGGUGAUGUUCGGAGACCUGCUGUUAUGAAAACCCUGCUCUAACCGCCAUGGAGCCUCCACGUUUGGGAACCACUGCAUCAAAGUUUAAGACUUGUGAUGUUUAUUUCUCUUACUGUCCAUGAUGAACCCUUUCUGGAACUCAGCACAGACCACAUCAGUUCCCAUUGAAGGUUUUUUCUAAAACUGCUCUCUGUAGUUUUUACAGAAUAGGAAAAAAAAGAGCAACACUUUGGGACUAUUUUCAGCUGUGGAUGAAUCAAUAUUUGAUUCUGUGGUGAGUGUUAAGGUAGUUCUGGUGUAAAACAUGGACGAAGUCUCAGUUACGUCAAUCUAACCCAAGCAGCAACCUCCGGUCUCAAAAUAUGAAGCCCAUGAGGAAGUGUUAUAAACUGCAGUUCCUCAAGCGUCCACUAGAGGCUGGCUGCAGAAACACAGGAAACCACAUACACACCCAUUCAAAGAAGACGAUCUUUACAGCAGAAAUAAACAUGUUUACAGCCUGGUUCAAAAAACAGCUUCAGUCUGAAGAGCUUGUGAAUUUUUUCUAACGUGACGGUUCAAAAGAUAUUAAGAUUAUGAGCUUUUGCCCAAAUAAGGACAUGACUGACAGGCGGGAACACAUAGCUGUUGGCUAGGAGGCUCAAACCCCGCCUCUUUACCUCACACUAAGUUUGGUUGAGUUCAGCGUUUCAAAUAUGGCUGCUGCCAACGAUCGGCUUCAAAACGGCGCUCAGGAACAGACGGGUGACGUCACGGAUACUACAACCAUUAUUUAGACAGUCUAUGGUCUAACCACAGGCAAAGAGGCGGAGCUUAGAGGCUGGCUUUAAGCUGCAACCUGCUUAAUUACAUCAUAGUUGGUUGGUUGUAACAAAAUGUAACUUAAUUAUUCGUAACGGGCUGUAAACAAGUUUAAUUGAGCCUCUAGUGGACACUAAAGGAACUGCAGCUCUUGGUGCGUCCACAUUAGCUCCACAUUUUAACACCAGAGGUUGCUUUUGAGGAUGUUAACCAUCUCCAAAAGGAAAGAAGUCUAGUCCCUCCUUCCUUUAGUGUGAUUGGCGUGGAAAGCUGAUAGGUCGAGGCUAAUCUGGCGCGCAGGAAGCUCGUUAAUCAACAGACACUCUGUGACAUUAAUCAGCAUGAUAGGAACUAACUAUAAAAACAUGAACCAUGUUUGAGAAAACUUAAAUGGAUGUGUAGUUUGAUUUUUGAGUUUGACUCAAGUCCCAUCUGUUAACAUGGAGGAGGUGGGCUUUAUGACCUAUACUGCAGCCAGCCAGUAGGGGGAGCUCUUAAGUUUUGGCUACAGUUUAAGAUGCUCGUGAAAAUAGAGAGAACAACUUCUAAAUGUUAGCUUGAAACACGAAACCUUCCGUCACUAGCUAGCUAACGGCAAUAUUAACCAGAAGGUGAAUGCUAACACUAGCUAGUAUGCUAGCUACAGAGAUAUCGAAUGUGUUUGUUUGGGCGUCAUGGACAAUAAGAAAAUAAAUGUCUCUAAGGUUGUUUUUUAUUUACAGGUUUAUAAUGUGAGGAACGGGCAGUUUCACGAGGUCACAUUCGUUUCUUUAAACUGACAAAGUAAAAGAUUCAAAUGUGACCUUUCAAAAUAAAAGCCCUCCCGCUGAGGUUCAUUGUAUCUGUGACAUCCUUCAGCACUGUGAACGAUUGAACUCCACUCUCUGUGAUUCUCCUCCUCUUCCCCUCUUUCAGGGGGAUUUUCCAGCAUACUGUAAAUGAGUACAGAUCUGUGUCGUGGCAUUUUUCUGCCAUUUGAAAGUUUGUUUUUUUUGAUUGUUUGACAUGUAUAACCCAUCAUGACGCGGGUUUAUGUACUGUAUAAUCAGCUGUUUUCAUUAGAGAACGUGUGUGUAUCAAAAGAAUCGUUAACCAUGGUAAUUUUAAUGUUAUUAGUUGGAUAAUGGAUCAUCGUUGGCACUGUAUGCAUUCUGUAUGUUUUAGAAAAUGAUGAAGCAAUUGUGAAACCGAAAACCAACAGUCAGACUAACACGGUUCAAGAUGCAGAAAUUAUUCUUAAUACCACUUUUUAAAGCUGACCGUGUUUUCUAUGAAGAACUUUCGGACAUGUCAUUGCCUAAAAGAGACGAAGAGAUAUAAAAAAUUCCAACUGAGCAACACAGUAAUGUUAUAUUUGGAAAUAUGGACUAUUUAACUGCAAAUUUGCUAGAGAGAAAAAAAUGUCUUUUUUAAAUAUGUUAACUAUUCUACAUAUUUUGUAACACAUUGUAAUUGCCAUUAUUUUUUAUUUAUUUUUUAAUCAUACUCGUCAUUGUACCGACAGUUUCCUUGUCCCCGCCCUGGAUCAUAAAAUCAAAAUUAAAAAUCACUUUACUUGACAAA